CCUAAAAAAACAAUGUCCCACGUUUUUCCUGACAUUGAACAACAACAACGGAGCCAUCGUAGAGACACCGAAAGGCAUCAUGUAUAAUCCUCGUCUUCAUCACCAUCAUCAUCACUGUUCUUCUUCUUCGUCGUGAUCAUCGUCAUCAUCAUCAAGAUAUUGUGUUCUUUGAACAGCAGCUUCUUUGGCAACUUCAUUAAACCGAUCGAUCGAUCCAUGGCUGUUGUUCUAUCUCCGUUUCUCCUCAGUUUCACCUUCCUGAUCAGCUCCUCCUUCUUCGUCCCUUCCCUGCAGCACGUGAACGAGGCCGAGCCCCUUAUCCACUUCAAGAACACGAUCAACAUCACAAAAGGGGACUUGAAUUCUUGGAGAGCGGGAACUGACCCUUGUAAUGGAAAGUGGUUUGGAAUCUAUUGCCAGAACGGCGAAUCCGUUACGGGAAUCCACGUCACGCGUCUCGGCCUCACCGGCGAGAUCAGUGUUCAAGAUUUGAAGGCUCUUACCAGUCUCAGGACCCUGAGAUUGGAUAACAACAUGCUCUCGGGUCCCUUACCGCCUUUUCACAUGCUUCGUGGCCUGAAAUCGCUCCUGCUCUCGAACAACAGUUUCUCGGGCGAGAUCUCCGAUGAUUUCUUCAAGGAUAUGCCUCAGCUGAAAAGGCUUUUUCUCGAUAACAACCACUUCGCCGGGCAGAUUCCCACGUCGUUGAUGCAACUGCUUGUUCUUGAGGAGAUCCACUUGCAAGGAAACCAGUUUUCGGGGCAGAUUCCUGAGCUUACUGAUGCAAACAAGAUUCUGAAAUCGAUCGAUCUCUCGAACAACGAUCUAGAAGGCGAGAUCCCGAAGAGCAUAUCGGAGAGAAAGAAUCUCGAGAUGAAUUUCCGAGGAAACCAGAGACUUUGUGGACAACCUUUGAAUGUUGUCUGCGACCCAUCUGAUGCAAGAAAGAUAGAUCCGAUGACAGAACAGGAACUAAGCCAGCUCAACAUAAAAUCUAUCCUGAUAUCAAUCGUUGUUCUGAUAAUAUUCUUCAUCAUUGUUGGCAUUAUUUCGAGAAGAAGAAGACGAGAACCCGAUUUCCGGAUGCUUAGCAAGGAACAUCUAAGCGACAACGAGGUUGUGGAGGUCCGAGUUCCCGAAACAACGAGCAAGAAACCUUCAGAAUCGACGAAAAAACGCGAUUUAGAUGGAUCAACUAAGAAAGGAACUUCAAACCAUGGGAAAGGAAGUGGGAUGGGAGAUAUCAUAAUGGUGAACAAGGACAGAGGCUCCUUCGGUUUGCCCGAUCUGAUGAAAGCCGCGGCCGAGGUGUUAGGGAACGGUAGCCUAGGCUCGGCUUAUAAAGCCGUGAUGGGUAACGGGUUAGCAGUUGUCGUGAAAAGGAUAAGGGAUAUGAAUAAGCUCGGGAAAGAGGCAUUCGAUGUCGAGAUGAGACGGUUAGGGCAACUUCGUCAUCCUAACAUUCUCACCCCUUUAGCGUAUCAUUACCGACGAGAGGAGAAGCUCAUCGUCUCGGAAUACAUGCCUAAAAGCAGCUUGCUUUACGUCUUGCACGGCGACCGUGGGAUCUGUCAUUCCGAACUAACGUGGCCGACGAGGCUGAAGAUAAUACAAGGAGUCGUCCGGGGAAUGCAGUUCUUGCACGAAGAGUUCACGUCUUACGAGCUUCCUCACGGAAAUCUCAAGUCCAGUAACGUUCUCUUGAGCGAAAACUACGAGCCCUUGAUCAGCGACUACGCUUUCUUGCCGCUUCUGCAGCCGGAAAACGCCACUCAAUCGCUGUUCGCCUUCAAAACGCCCGAGUUUACCCAGAAUCAGCGAGUCUCGGCGAAAUCGGACGUGUACUGCCUCGGAAUCAUCGUCCUGGAGAUCUUGACGGGGAAAUUUCCGUCGCAAUACCUAAACAACGGGAAAGGCGGCACCGAUAUCGUCCAAUGGGUGCAGACAUCGAUCUCGGAAGGGAAAGAAGAAGAGCUUAUCGAUCCCGAAAUCGCGAGCAAUACGGAAUCAGUCGCUCAAAUGAUAGAGUUGCUAAGGAUCGGAGCUUCUUGCAUAGCAACCAACCCAGACGAGAGACUAGAUAUGAAAGAAACUGCUAGAAGGAUAAAACAAGCAACGACUUGACGAAGAAGCUGAACGCGAAACACAAACGCAAACGUAAACGCAAUCGUAAAAAGCACGUCGAUAGUCAAAGGAUAGAAUUCUUUGGAGAUUGUAGAUAAAGAAG